AUGUUUAUUCCCCAAUCCGUCGAGCUCUAUAUCAUCAUCACUUUCGUUUUACUAGCAUUUCUUAAGUGUUGCAUUGUCCGACAACAGCGCGUGUUCGUUCCCCACUGCAUACACCUGUGGUCUGGAGUUUUGCAAAUAUCUCAGCAUUUCAUACGAGUUAUCUUUAUAGGAUACAAUGGUCGCACUUAUGCUUUCGCCAGAGAACGAGUCUAUCAGAUGUGGUACGAUGACGAUCUUCCUCAGAAGGCCUCUUACUUGAUCACUGAGCUUUUUCCCGGUGGUCCGCGAUCGGUGUCUGCAGCGUUGACCAAUUCUCGGUCUGGAGUGACGACUCUAAUAGAUCGACGUACUGCCUAUCGGUUUCGUUGGAACAGAAAGCAUAAACGAUUCCAGCUGGCACGCAAUACACCACAGCAUUUUCCACCAAAUAUUACCAUUACGCCGCAAACAGCGUUUGAAUGGAUGGACGGAAAUCAAAUUCUCCUCUCGGGUGAUAAAUUCGUCAUAUAUGACGCUUACUGGAAUAUGGCCACAUUUGCAGGACUUACAAAGAGGUAUUUCCCAAAAUUACCGAAGGAUUUGCUUGGAAUAGUCUAUACUGGAGGCAGUACGAUGUUAAUGUUUACAAAACGUAACACUGUUAAGGUUUACAACGUUAAGAAAUAUCGUGUUCUACAAGAAUAUCCAUUGAAAAUAAACGAGUAUUUUGGUUGUUUGCUCUAA